AUGCUCCUCUUCUCCCGCCGCCCCUUCCCUUCACCCCGCCUCCCCAUCCGCCGCCUCUUACGAUGCCGCUGCACCUCCUCCGCCCCGUACCACGAAUCCUUCGCCCGUCGCAUGGCCCUCGCUGGCAUCCACCCCCACCACCGCAUUGCGGUUGGGGUCUCCGGCGGGCCGGACUCCAUGGCGCUCUGCGUGCUCGCGGCGGCUUGGAAGAAGGCGGCGGAGGGCGGGUCUGGGAGGAAGUCCGAGGACAAGGGAUCCGUCGCCCCAGGGCUCGUGGAAGGGCUACUCGGGGUCGUGGUCGACCAUGGGCUGCGGCUAGAGAGCGCCGAGGAGGCACAGCUAGUGCGUGCCCGGGUGCACGCCAUGGGUGUCAUGUGUGAGAUUGCUACAUGUGAGUGGCCAAAUGGGCGGCCAAAUCUUGGGCAUCUGCAAGAGGCGGCCCGUGAAAUGAGGUACCAAAAACUAUUGGACAUUUGUAUAAAGCAACAAAUAGGAGUCUUACUUAUUGCACAUCACUCUGAUGACCAGGCAGAGCUCUUUGUUUUGAGAUUAUCUCGCAACAGCGGAGUUUUGGGUCUUGCUGGCACAGCCUUUGUCUCCCAAUUGUUUGCACCUAAUUUGAAAUAUGAUGGACAUAAUUUUUGUCGUUACGGAAUCCUUCUUGUUCGGCCCAUGCUUGAAUUUUCGAAAAAUGACAUGUAUAAGAUAUGUCAAGGAAGUAAUCAUUUGUGGGUUGAAGAUCCAACAAAUAAUAGUAUGCAGUAUGCUAGGAACCGAAUUCGGGCAUCUUUGAGAUGUUUAUCCCCAGAUGGUGCCUUUCAAUCAGAACUUCAGAAACUGAUCUAUGCAUGCCGGUUGACACGAGUGUGUGUCAGCAAUGCCUGCAAUCUGGCCAUCAAGCAGUCUGUCACAAUAAGCGAGUACGGGUACGCUGUCAUUGACCUUAAAAAACUUGACCCACAAAAUGUUGAUGAUCUUUGUCUUUCACAAUAUUUGGCAUGCGUAUUACAGUUUGUUUCACAGAGGCACAGGCCGAUCCGUGGAAGAGCUACUCGAUUGUUCAUGGACUACAUUCGUAAUACACCUUGCAAGGGUGCCCUUACUGUAGCUGGUUGUUACAUUUGCACUUUUCCAAGGUCUAAAAGUACAAAAAUACUAGUCUGUUGCUCUGCUGACUUGCUCGAGUCAUUUUCUGGUGAGAUGUCCUACAAGUGUUCCUAUGAAGAACAGCCACCACCGGUACCUGAAAUUGAUCAUGUAGCACUUGAAGCGCGCUUAUACUUUAACCAAUUUCUACAGUGCUCAAGAAUACCUUUUUUGAGUCAUGAAUCCUCUACUGAUGUUCUGAAUAGAGCAAAGGAUCUCAAUAUUAUAGGUGAUUUUUCGUUAGAAAAGCUCCUCAACCUGCAAACAGAAGAACAUCAGAAAUUUGUAAGAACAACAGAACAUAAAUAUGAGGAGCAAUACUUGGAGAAAACAAGCUUUCCUGAUGUGAAAGUUCUUUGGCUCUGGCCUGGCGAAACAUGUCACUUUAUGAGCAGGUUCUUGAUUACAUGGAAUACUUUGGAAGCUGUUCCAAAUGGAAUAUGUUCAUAUGACAGUCAAAAAGGGAUAUGCCAGCAUUGUGCAGUGAAUCAAGAUGGAAGUCUCGCAGUUCGUCACAUGUUUGAUACCGAUUGGUUGUUCCUUGCUGAAGUUUCUAGAAUUGGCUCAGUGGAGGAGAACCAGAAUGUCUCAAAAGUUUCCAGUGAGAAAUUGAAGGGCGAUGAGCUCCUGAAUCACUCUAAUUAUUUGCAAUUAUCAGCAACGAAAGCUCUUGAGGUCCUGAGAUGUAUUCCAGCUUCUGCAAGACGAACACUGCCAGUGCUGACCAAUUCUCAAGGUGACAUAUUGAGCAUACCGAGUGUUGGCUUCCGAUGCUGUCCUAGCCUAUCAAUCGAAGCCGUAUUUCAUCCAAGAGUACCACUUGGUGGGGGAUACACUUCAUAUUUAUGAUGGCUCGAUCUUUAUUUGUGGCAAAAAAGAAAUGUCAAGCACAGUGAGAUAUAUAACUGCCGUGCUAAAUGACUACUGUCUGAACCUUGGCAGUUGGCACUGAGAAUGCUAAAUGUUUAGUUUUUGGACGCCACAAUAUUGUGCAAACGGAUGUGGAACUUGCUAAAGAGCAAAUGCAUGUUGAUAUGCCAGAGGAAGGCCUUCUUUUGGCUCAAUGGUUGUAACUUGUGCAUGGCAUCAAGAUUACAGAAGGUGUACAAGAGCUACAAACACAUGCUGACAAGUCUUCCCAAAAAUCUUUGCUACGCCUUUUCCUGGCCAGAAGGUGUUUGGGAAAGCUUCUAAAUCUGGGGUUCAAUGUCCCGGAAAAUCCCCGGGGUCAGGAUAGUAAAGAGCUGAUUCUAGGGAAAGCUAGAAUUUCACUUGAUGUUGAAUCAAUCAUCAGAAGAAGUAUUAGGCCAAAAAUUAGGAUAUAUUCUGGGACGAUAUAGUAGCGGUGAUGAACAAUCAGAGGUGAAGUUGCUCCUGAUGCGCUGUAAAUAUUUAUCUCUUCAAUAUUGUUUAAUACAUUAUUGCGGGCAAGGCUUGUGGUUGAGGGCAAGGUCAGGUGUCUCUGGGGCAAGGCUUGUGGUUGUGAAUGCUAGGUGUUCGGGAUGCAAUGAAGUCAGGGCAUUUGGCUUUGCGAACUGGCAGGUGGCAUACAGGCCAGUCAAAUGUCAAGAUAAUUGGAAAAGGUUGAUGAAGCUAUAAAAAGUUGAUAAGGGAGGUAGGAGUUAUUAGCCAGAAUUUACUCGACUAAAUGUGGUCACCAAAACAGCUGCA